CGCUUCACAUCCAUCACACAACAUGCCCCGCUCCUUCUAGCCUCCCUCGCCUGGCAGAAUGAGAGCUUUGAAUUCGCAUUUCGUCAUCAUCGAUCUUCACUCUUCCUGGCGCUCCGCCCACCAUAUCCCCUCUUCAACUCUCGCCUACCUCAAAUCCUCCACCGUCAUUUCCACCAUCUCCUCGUCGUUUCGUCGAACGCGUCAUUCCCACAGAGCGAUCCGCUCCAAUUCAUCUUCUGCCUCGAUCCCGUCCCCGGAAAUUCGAAGACCCUCUGACCGAUUCUCUUCUGCUAAUGGCUUCUCCUCCUCAAGUUCUCAGAACCUGCCUUCCACUUCGCGCACCGGGGCUGCUUCCGAAUUAGAGCUGUUUCUCGAUUUAUUGCCUUUGAAAAUGAGGAGGGAAUUGUAUCGCCACGACGAACUUGGCGGGCUUAUUGAAGUUGUGAUGGAUUUGGGUAGGAAGCCUAUUGCUCGGUUCCCAUCUGGUGACUGGGAAAUCUCGCAACAUCCCAUAAGGCACGAUGAUUUACGGCACGCGAUUUCCAAGGUUGGUGAGUUUUCUGAUGACAACAGAUCGGGUAUUGAUAGCUCUUUACAUCGUAUAAGUGCAAUUCGUAAUCGUAAAUUGCAAGUUAUUGGCCUCACGUGCCGGGUGGGUCGAGCUGUAACUGGUAGUGCUGAGAUUAUACGUGAUUUAGUGGAGGACGGAGGCUCCAUCUUGGUAAUAGGACCUCCUGGAGUGGGUAAAACAACCUUAAUCAGAGAGAUUGCUAGGAUGCUAGCAGAUGAAUUUAUGAAGCGUGUUGUCAUAGUAGAUACCUCCAAUGAGAUUGGAGGUGAUGGUGAUGUCCCUCAUGCAGGCAUUGGUCGUGCAAGGAGAAUGCAAGUUCCCAAUGUAAAUAUGCAGCAUAAUAUUAUGAUUGAAGCAGUAGAAAACCAUAUGCCCGAAACCAUCAUAAUAGAUGAAAUUGGGACUGAGCUUGAGGCAUUAGCAGCAAGCACCAUUGCUCAAAGAGGAGUUCAAUUGGUUGGAACAGCACAUGGGAUGACCAUAGAAAACAUAACAAAAAAUCCUUCUCUACAGAUUCUUGUUGGUGGCAUAGAGAGUGUGACCCUUGGGGAUGAGGAAGCAAGGAAAAGAAAAGUACAGAAGACAAUUCUUGAAAGGAAAGGACCUCCUACAUUUACUUGUGCUGUAGAGAUGAUAUCCAAAACUGAAUGUCGUGUUCACCAUAGAUUAGAUGCAACAGUGGAUGCCAUUUUGGCAGGAAAGUCUCCAUUGUAUGAACUUCGUCAAUGGGAUGACUUUGCCAAUGAUUCAGUGAAGUAUACUCCACUGCUUGAAAAAGACGGUGAAGAAAGACCUUAUGCAACUGAUGAUAGUAUCGUGAAUGCUGGCAUUGACUCCAGUGAGCAAGAAAGAGAUCACCUUGCGACUUGGUCCAAGAAAUGGAGCUCUAGUAGAUCUGGAAUCAAGAGGAGUGCUCCUCUUCAAGUGUAUACUUACAAGAUCCUUGAAGCUGAUCUACUUCAAGUAGCUAAGGUGAUGGGACUUGAGGAUGUAAUAGAUGUAACUGGUGAUAUUGGAGCUGCUGAUGCAAUUCUAGCAUUGAGUUCUGAGUUACGACAGAAUCCGUGGAUCCGUGGAGUUGCGAAAUUCCACCAGUUGCCUGUAUUUGUCAUUAAGUCAAAUACCAUGGCACAAAUGGUCAAGGCAGUGCGUAUGCUCCUUGGGCUAGAAUCAUUUGGCCCUACGUCAAAGAAGCCAUUUAGCGACUCCUUAAAUAUUGAAAUUCAGGAUGAUGAACCAAAACGAAAACCAUCUUUGGAAGAAAUUGAUGCCUUGGAGGAGGUCCGCCUUGCGAUAGAAUACAUUGUGAUUCCCGGCGGAGAGCCGGUGGAGCUUCUUCCUCGACGUUCUGAAAUAAUUGCCCGGCAGCUUGAACUUGUAGAAAGCUAUCAGUUGUCGGCUGAAAAGUCAGGUAGUGAACAGAACCCCAGGUUGCAGAUUCUGCCCUUGAAGCUGAGCGGGAAUGCAAAAAGAAGCCCUCUAAAUCGGGUUUCUGGGGGUGGCAAUCGCACCAGUGUCACCAGACUUCCUCUUUUGCCUGAAUAACAAGAACUCAAUUAUUCUUCCAAUCCUAACACGGCUAUCAGUCCUAUGGUGUACAUGUAACAUUACUUGUACAGUCAUGUAAUACAAUCCAUCAUGGCAAUUUCUUUGUAACUGAAAAUAGGCAAUGUCCAUCAACAAGUUGUUGGUUAAGAUAGUAAGUGGUUUCAUUUGCAAGAAAACACAAGUUCGAAUUUGGGGAAGUGACCUUAACCCUCCCGGUUAGAUAGAAAUUACUCUAAACUCUCAAGGCUAAAGUGAUUAGAAGAAAUUCUGAGUUAUAUAUA